AUGAAUGAGAAGUAUCCAGAGUUUGUUGAAAAAUUGGAAGAGCAUGGAUUGAUCUAUACGCGAGUGCUGGGAGAAGAGGAUGAUAAUUCAUCCCCAAUCGGUCGUGGGUGGAAGUCGACUUUUUUGACCCAAGACAAAACUGUGGCUGAGGAAAGGGCUGCUAAGCUAGGAGUGAAAUUGGAAUGGAUGGAGGAUGUAGUGAAAACCAUAAUGGGCCCAAUCCCAGCAAUCAAGUUUGAAAAGACGCGGCAACGCAAGAUUUGGUUCAACAGCAUGGUGAUUGCUUACACAGGCUGGGAAGAUGCAAGAAAUAAUCCUGUGAAGGCAGUCACCUUUGGGGAUGGAAGCCCCUUACCAGGUCAUAUCAUAUAUGACUGCCUGAAAAUACUUGACGAGGACAGCGUUGCCAUACCUUGGCAGCAAGGUGACAUUCUGCUGGUGGAUAAUUUGGCAGUUUUACACUCUCGACGGUCUUUUAACCCUCCUCGCCGCAUUCUAGCUUCACUCUGCAAGUAG